AUGAGCAGCCACGCAAUGAUGCGGAUGAUAUUCCUUGUGGUUUUUCUUGGGUGGUUGAUGAUUUGGGUUAUGUUGCCAACAAAACUUUAUAAAAAUACAUGGAAACCCAAGCUAGAUAGCAAGCUCAAUUCAACUUAUUUUGCAGCACAAGGGACAAAUCUUUUGGUAUUUUCCUUCCCUAUGAUGUUCAUAGCUGCUUUUGGUUGCGCUUAUCUCCACUUUCAGAAGAAAUCGAGAGCGUCUAACUCCAAAAGCUCGGGUGCUGUUGCCUUCUUGAAACGUCCGGUGCUCGUCAUGGCUCCCCUUGGAAUCGUUUCUGCAUUGGAUCUCAUUUUUUCGGCCAUGUUUAUUGCUCUCAUGAUCUGGUCCCUCGCCAACUACUUGUAUGUCAGCUUUGGUCACCUGCACAUGGAUGGAGAUGGGGAGAAAAUAUGGCAAGCUAAAAUCCGAAGUGUAUCAUUAACACUUGGAUACAUCGGAAACAUUUGCUGGGCAUUUCUCUUCUUCCCUGUAACAAGAGCAUCGUCACUUUUGCCUCUAGUAGGGCUUACCUCAGAGUCCAGCAUCAAGUAUCAUAUUUGGCUUGGUCACGUCUCAAACAUUCUUUUUGUUGCACAUGCUAUUGGUUUCAUUAUCUACUGGGCCAUGACUGAUCAAAUGGCUGAGAUGAUUGAAUGGAGCAAAACAUAUGUAUCAAAUGUAGCUGGAGUGAUUGCAAUUGUAAUUGCAAUACCAAUGUGGGUGACAAGCUUGCCUCGCUUUAGGCGAAAGAUGUUUGAAGUGUUCUUCUACACCCACCAUCUCUACCUUUUAUACAUGGUCUUCUAUGUGUUGCAUGUUGGCGAUGCACAUUUCUGCAUGAUCCUUCCUGGAAUCUUCCUUUUCCUCAUUGAUCGAUUCUUGAGAUUCUUGCAAUCCGGACACCGUGCCAGACUAUUGUCAGCACGCGUCUUGCCAUGUGGCGUCGUUGAACUGAAUUUCUCCAAGGCUCCUGGGUUGUAUUAUAAUCCGACCAGCGUCUUAUUUGUGAAUGUGCCGAGAAUUUCCAAGCUGCAGUGGCAUCCUUUUACAAUAGCUUCCAAUUGCAACAUGGAACAGGAUAAGCUCAGCGUGAUCAUAAAAAAUGGAGGAAGUUGGUCUCAGAAGUUGUACCAAGAAAUCUCUUCCUCUAAUUUGGAUCAUCUUGAAAUAUCAACUGAAGGACCGUAUGGACCUCAUUCAGAUCAUUUUCUAAGGCAUGAGUCUUUGGUGUUGGUGUGCGGAGGCAGUGGUAUUACUCCUUUUAUAUCCAUAAUCCGAGAGAUAAUUUUCCAAAGCCAGAAGCCUGAUUUCAAGGUUCCACGUGUUGUUAUGAUUUGUGCCUUCAAGAACUCAGCUGACCUUGCCAUGCUUGACUUGCUGCUUCCCAUCUCUGGUACUCCUGCACAAAUUUCCCAAUUACAAUUUCAGAUUGAAGCAUAUAUCACCAGGGAGAAAGAUCAGCCAAACGCUGACACCCAGAAACCUCUCCAAACAAUAUGGUUCAAGCCAAGCCUCUUAGACUCACCCAUUUCUGCAACGCUAGGGCCCAACAGUUGGCUAUGGCUUGGCGCCGUAGUCUCAUCAUCAUUCAUUAUGUUCCUGCUGCUUUUGGGCAUCGUGACACGUUACUACGUAUAUCCUAUAGAUCACAACACGGGAAAGAUCUACCAUUUCUCUUAUAGAGCACUUUGGGACAUGUUCCUUGUUUGUGCUUGCAUUUUCCUCGUUUCCAGUUUAGUAUUCUUCUGGCGCAAGAAACAGAAUGCAAUGGAAAUGAACCAAAUUCAGAACACAGAAGUACCAACACCAACAACAACAUCAGGAUCAUGGUUUUGUGGUGCAGACAGAGAGCUGGAAAGCCUUCCGCAUCAAUCCCUUGUCCAAGCAACCAAGGUGCAUUUUGGUUCAAGACCUGAUCUCAAGAAAAUACUAUUCGAUUUAAAAGAAUCAGACAUAGGGGUGCUUGCAUGCGGACCAAGGAAGAUGCGCCACGAGGUUGCAAAAAUUUGUGCAUCUGGAUUGGCAGAGAACCUGCACUUUGAGUCCAUUAGCUUCACUUUGUGA